AUGGCAACCACAGUGCCCAAGAGUGGGUUGUUUGCUGGUUUAAACAAAGGUCAUAUUGUCACUACUAGAGAACUUGCUACUCGCCCUUCCGCCAGAAAAGGGAAGACCAGCAAGAGAGUUAUCUUUGUUAGGAGUUUGACUAGGGAAGUUGCUGAAUUUCCUCCUUAUGAGAAGAGAAUUACUGAGCUUCUUAAAGUUGGAAAGGACAAGCGUGCUCUUAAGGUGGCUAAGCGAAAGUUGGGUACCCACAAGAUGAGUUUCAUUGCUGAGUGUUUCCUGAGUAAGUUCUUGGAGUCCUAUUUUUCAAGUUCGAUUCUUUUUCCCCCAAAGUUGAAGGAAAAAGGAGAAAUGGUGUUGAUGGUCUUGAAAGAGAAGCCAGGCUUCCUGGAUGGAUGGAAGACAAAAUUAGUCGAGAAAUUCUACAAAGGAUAA